AAAUGUCAAGUGAAGAAAUUUCCCAAAACAAACACGCCGCAUUUUCAGGUGCGUGGAGUGAGUGCGCCUCUAUUUUACUGCAAAAAUUGGGCAGUUUUGCAGGAAAUACCUUUUAAAUUUGCGUGGAUUUGCCUAAAAAGUGUAUUUUUGAGUAUUUUUGUGCAAAAGUUCAAGUGAAAAAGUUAAACUAUUGGUGACAAUUGCAAGGGUGUUUCUGGCAAGGGAGGAAUGGUGUCGACGAGAGGCAUAAAAUACGCUUUUUCUGAGGGAGAGAGAGUCCUCUGCUACGAGCCAGAUCCAACAAAAGCCAAAGUCCUCUACGACAGCAAAGUUCUUGAGAUCUUCGAUAGCAGAGAUCGCAGAGGAAAGCGCGUUGUCGAGUACUUGAUUCACUUCCAAGGCUGGAACAGUAGCUGGGACAGGAAAGUGAACGAGUCCUUUGUGCUGAAGGACAAUAUUGUCAAUCGUCAGCUGCAGAAGGAUUUGGCUGAGAAAUCUCAGCUUUGCUUGGGUGCCUAUUUGUACCGCAAGGACAGGAAGAAGAGCAAAAGUAGUGGAGGCAUUGAGGCAUCCACAGAACCCGUCACAUUGUCACUUCCGGUUGCUGGCAAGGUGGAAAAUGAGCUGCAGAUGCAGGACAAUGAUACAGAGUCCUACAGCAGCUCGGCUGAAAGUGGAAGUGGUCAGGUGGAAAAUGAAAAGGUAAUCAUACAAGUUAGUAAGACACUGAAGCAACUUCUGGAAUUUGAUCAUCGUAUGAUAACGCAAGAGAGCAGACUUUCGGUACUGCCGGCCCCUCUGCCCAUUGUCACGAUUCUUGAGAAGUUUGUAAAACAAUGUUCGGUGAAGAUGAUUUGCAAUCACAUUCGUCAGGAUCAGCGAAAGAGGCGAAAUAGUGCUACAAGAACUGAUUCUCCUCUAGACACUGAAAAACUCACUAAUAGGUUGAAUUUGUACAAGGAAGUGGCAGAUGGACUGAGAAUUUACUUUGAUUUUACACUGAAGGAUCAUUUGCUGUACCAACAAGAGCGACAACAGGCUGAAAGUGUUUUGGAUGAGGAAAAUCUCAAGUCUUUUACGUACAUUCCUUCGGAGAAAUCCUUCACAGAUAUCAUUUUUCCCAGUGUUUCGGAAAAAUCCACUCCAAAUAGUUCCACAGAUGUUACUGAUGAUACAGCUAGGAGGAGAUUGAGGUCUUACAAAUUGGAAACAGGAGCAGAAGGGGAAUCCGAAGGCGCUAUGCCUUUUGCUGCGGCUAUUGCUGAAAUUCUUCGCAGUGUUCAGCCAUUUAAUGCUUCAGUGCCGUUUCGACUGAAAAUACUUCUUCAGAAUACACUGGCUUGGCAUCUUCUACCAUCAAAUGCUCCACCAGAGCCGUCUAUGAUCUACGGAGCACCCCAUUUAGCACGAUUACUUAUAAAACUCCCGGAAUUCCUUACACAUUCUGUGGGGAAUAUGUCAGAGGAAAAAGUGAAGUACUUGAUGGAAUAUCUCGGUGAAUUCUUGGAAUUUCUGGAGGAGCAUGUGAAUUGGUUUGGAGAGGACAAUUACCAUUCAUCUCUUAUCAAAAUGGAAAUAGAAGAUUAAAGAUUAUUUUAUAUCCGGCUCAGAAGGACCAAAAAUAUAUUACAAUUUACAAUGCA